AUGAAUGUAGUAAAAGAAGAAUCUAUAAGUAUAGUAGAAAAGCAACAGGAAAGUUCAUUGAAUGACUUAUCGGCUACGUUAAUUCCAACAACAACUCCUUCGUCCUCCUCGAAAACAAAAACAACAGUGACGACGUCGACAUCGAAUAUUAUUAAUAAAGAUACCAUUGAAACUGAACACGAUGAUGUUUUAAUUCGAGUAGGAGAACAACCUGAUUUAAAAAAGUUUCGAGCAAAUUCAAAAUUAUUAAGUAAUAAAUGUAGUUAUUUUCGUACAGCAUUAUCGAGCAAUUGGGCAAGAAAAGAGGAUGAUGUAUUUAUAAUUGAGAAACCAAACAUUAGACCAAAGGUUUUUGGAGUUAUAUUGAAUUAUAUUUAUAAAGGGACAGUUGAUUGGAAAAUAUUAGAAGGAGAAGAUUUUCUUGGAGUUUGGUUAGCAGCAGAUGAAUUUAUGUUGGAUGAUUUAGAGAGACAGAUUCGAGAAUUAUUUGAAAAGAAAUCAGAAAUGUUGAAAAAGAAUUUUAUGAAAAUAGUGAGAUUAGUAUAUCAAAAUGAAACAUUGGAAAGAUUUCGAUCAAAUUGCGUAGAUAUUAUUAAUACAACAACGUGGUUUCAGGAAAGUUCUAAUUUUGGUACGUUAGAGGAAUCAAUUUUUCAAAGUUUAUUAUCUGAGGAAGAACACUAUGUUCAUGAUGGGGUUAUGUGGAAUUUAUUAAUUUUAUGGGCAAGUUCAUCCAAAAAACCAAUAUUAAAUUCAAGUAAAGUGAUGGAAUGGACGGAUGAAAAAUUUGAAUUACUUAAGAGUAGGAUGGAUCAUUUUGUACAUUUUAUAAGAUUUUCAUUAAUUUCACGUAAUGAUUUUUAUGAUUAUGUUCUACCUUAUAAACGUAUUUUACCAGCAGAUACAACAAAUAAUGCGGCAUUACAAUAUUAUCUUUAUUGUUUGGAUGAGGGAGGAAAUCCAAAGCUUGAUGUUUUACGUCCACACGUUAUAUUGAAUGAUUCAAAGAUUGUCAAUCAUACUCAUGUUGCUAUGGUUGGAAGAUGGAUUGAUAUUGGAAGAGAGAAAGAAGUUUAUGUAUCUGAUUCUUCUUCGACAAACAAUAAUGGAUAUCACGUUAUAAGUACUGAUGAACAUUUAAGUUUAAACGAAGAACAAGCAAAUUCUUCUUCCAACGCGACGAUAUCAUUGUCGACGGAAGCUACAAAGAAUUCAAAUUCACGUAAUGAAGAAAAAGGAUCAACUAAACUUUCAUGGAAACAACCUUCUUCAUUGAGAAAAUUGUGGACUUUACGUAAAGGAAGAAGACCUGUUUUCCAUCACGAUUCUUCUUCAACUUCUUCAACGACAGCAACAGUCAAGAAAGAAAAUAGUAACGAUAAAAUACAAGUACCUUCAAGUUCAACACAUAUUGACGCAAAAAGAAUUUCUUCAUCGAGUAGAACGUCACAUUCAAAGCAUUUAUCGACAAUUUUUUCAUCAUCAACAUUUACUUAUCAUUUUCAAUUAAUUUAUCGUGGUAGUAGAGAUGGAUUUGAUACAAGAUCUUAUUAUAAUAAAUGUUCGGGACAAGGAGCAACAGUAGUUGUAACUACAAUGAGUCAUUCCCGAAUCAUUUUAGGAGGAUAUUAUCCAAUAAAUACAGAAUCAAGGUAUCCAAUGGAAGUAUUUUCAGGUAGCUCGGAAGCUUUUAUAUUUUCAUUUGGUGAAGGAGAUAAUCCUGAAGAAGAUGCCAUAUUGAGUAGAGUAUUAAAAGAAUAUUCGCAUAAAGCUAUUUGUAGAACAAUUUAUGGGCCUGGGUUUGGUGAAAAUGAUUUAAGUAUUAACUUAUCUGGAAAUAAUCAUUCUAAAAUGGGCGUUUGUAAUAAAAAUUUUUAUGAAAAAAAAAUAAUUGAACCAAAUACUUUUACAUUUGAUGAGAUUGAAGUAUUUAGUGUUACUAGAGAAGCUACCUAA